AUGUGGCAAACAUGAAUUUUCCAAACUUCCAUGCAUCUGUCAGCGUAUAUACACUCCUCAAUCUUCCCCUAACAUCUUCUUCCUCUCUCUCCACUUCCAUGCAUCUGUCAGCGUAUAUACACUCCUCAAUCUUCCCCUAACAUCUCCUCUCUCUCUCUCUCUCUCUCUCUGUGUGCCUCUGAAACACAAACUCAAGAACAAUGGCACUUUCUCUCAGAUUACACAACCUUCUUUCCCCAACCUUCAGACCCAAAACUUUAUCAUCAUCAUCAAAUGCCACUCUAUCUCCUCCAAACCCAUCUCUCUCACUCCUCUCCUUCUCUCCCCUUCCACACCUCCCACUCAGAACCUCACACUCCCUCACCAUUAUAGCCGCUUCCUCCUCCUCUUCUUCCCCAACCACGGUUGCUGAUCCACAGGGCAUCAAGAUUAAUUUGGUUCCCACUAAACCAAUCGAAGGUCAGAAGACUGGAACCAGUGGUCUCCGAAAAAAGGUGAAAGUUUUUCAGCAAGAAAAUUACCUUGCAAAUUGGAUUCAGGCUUUAUUUGAUUCAUUGCCGCCCGAGGAUUACAAGAAUGGGUUAUUGGUGUUAGGAGGUGAUGGUCGUUACUUUAAUCGUGAAGCUGCACAGAUUAUUAUCAAAAUUGCUGCCGGGAACGGUGUUGGGAAAAUUUUGGUUGGCAAGGAAGGAAUUUUGUCAACACCUGCCGUUUCUGCAGUAAUCAGAAAGAGGCAGGCGAAUGGGGGAUUUAUCAUGAGUGCAAGCCACAAUCCUGGUGGACCUGAUUAUGAUUGGGGUAUUAAGUUUAAUUACAACAGUGGCCAACCUGCACCCGAGUCCAUCACAGACAAGAUUUACGGAAACACUCUUUCUAUCGCUGAAAUAAAGAUAGCAGAUAUUGCUGAUGUUGACCUAUCUACUCUCGGAGUUGUAAAGUAUGAAAAAUUCAGUGUUGAAGUUGUUGAUCCGGUUUCUGAUUAUUUAGAAUUGUUGGAGAACGUAUUUGAUUUCCAACUUAUCAAAAGUCUUCUACAGUUAGACUUCAGGUUUAUGUUUGAUGCAAUGCAUGCUGUUACUGGUGCUUAUGCGAAACCCAUCUUUGUGGAUAAGCUUGGAGCCAGUCUGGAUUCAAUUUCAAAUGGAGUGCCUCUGGAGGAUUUUGGUCAUGGCCAUCCAGAUCCUAAUCUUACAUAUGCCAAGGAUUUGGUCGACAUUCUGUAUAGCGAAAAUGGACCUGACUUUGGGGCUGCUAGUGAUGGGGAUGGUGAUAGGAACAUGAUUCUUGGUAGAGGCUUUUUUGUUACUCCUUCAGACUCUGUUGCAAUUGUUGCAGCCAAUGCCCAAGAAGCUAUUCCAUACUUCCGGAGGGGCCCCAAGGGAUUAGCUCGAUCCAUGCCAACAAGUGGUGCACUUGAUCGUGUUGCUGAAAAAUUGAAGCUUCCUUUCUUUGAGGUUCCCACUGGUUGGAAGUUCUUUGGGAAUCUUAUGGAUGCUGGGAAGUUAUCUAUAUGUGGGGAAGAGAGUUUUGGAACAGGUAUCCGCGAGAAAGAUGGCAUAUGGGCAGUUUUAGCUUGGCUUUCAAUCAUUGCAUAUCGUAACAAAGACAAAAAACCUGGGGAGAAGUUGGUCUCUGUUGCAGACGUCGUGAAGGAACACUGGGCAACCUAUGGAAGAAAUUUCUUUUCUCGAUAUGACUACGAAGAAUGCGAGUCUGCAUCUGCCAACAAAAUGAUAGAUUAUCUUCGAGAAUUGAUCUCUAGCAGCAAGACCGGUGACAAGUACGGAAAUUACAUUCUCCAAUUUGCUGAUGACUUUACGUACACUGAUCCUGUUGAUGGAAGUGUGACGUCAAAGCAAGGUGUUCGGUUUGUUUUUACAGAUGGAUCAAGGAUCAUAUAUCGCUUAUCAGGAACGGGUUCAGCAGGAGCAACUGUUCGAAUUUACAUUGAACAAUAUGAACCAGAUGCCUCUAAACAUGACGUGGAUGCCCAAACGGCACUAAAGCCAUUGAUAGAUUUGGCAUUGUCUGUAUCGAAGCUGAAGGAAUUCACUGGAAGGGAGAAGCCCACAGUCAUCACAUGACCACGGUGACACCAUGACGGGUCUCAUCUUUCCAAGUGUUACCCUAAGCUUCACCGGAAGCAGCGUGUUUUGACGCAAAUUCACCAUGUUCAGUUUUGGUUUAUGGUAGGUAGUCCCAGCUUUUUGGAAAGGAAACAAAAAUAAGGCCUGAAGAUCCUUGCAUAAUAUGUUGAAGUAUAUGAACGUAAAAAUAAAGAUAUUGAUUCCUCGG